CCAGGGUCUCUUCCUGGUUGGCCUGGAGAAUGAACAGCAGGUAUUUCCGGCUCAAAGGCGGGCACUUCCUCUGGCCCGGGAGCCCCUGAGGCCAGAUGGACCGUUGGGCCAUAGCUCUGGUUUCACCUGCGCCAUGAAGCUGCGCUGCCUCUCCCUGGUCACCGUGGGUGUCCUUCUCUGCCUCCACAGCGCCCAGCCUGGGAUCAUGAGAGCAGCUAGGCCACGUAGGCCCGGGUUUUGUCCGGAAUUCCAUCCCGAGUGUCCAUUCACCCUGUUCCCUUCGUGUCGGCACGACCAAAGCUGCAAGGGGGCCAAGAAGUGCUGCUUCUACGCGUGCCGGCGCCAGUGUGUGGAACCCUGGCAGACGCUGGACUGAGAGGUGCAGCCCUCUUGCGAAGCCGGCCUGAGAAGUGGCAGGUGCAGCAGGCUGAGGCUGGAGAACUGGUCCCUGGGAC